UUGAAGAGGAGUUGAACCAAACUAAUUUGAUCCUCCAAACUGCCAGAGAAGAGAUUGGUGAUUUAAAUCUGCAAGUGACAAUUCUGACUUCAGAGAUGGGUGUGCUGCGUCAGAAGCUAACAGAACGAGAGGAAGACGGGGUUCAACUGGAGAGGAAGGUGACUGAGCUGUCUACCACGGUUUCCUCCACACUGGCCUCCUACACCUUCCUGGAGCAAGCCCUUGCAGCCGAGACCACCAAGUUGCAGGAGUCAUGGAAGGACAUCCAGCAAUCCAAGGAGAGGAUCGCUGAGUUGGAGACGUCACUGGAGCAGUCGGAGCAGCGCGUGUGUGAAUUGAGUUGGGCUCUGGCUCAGAGUGAGGAGCAGUUCGGCCAGCUGCAGGAAAUGAACGAGUUCUUACAGAUGGAGAACGAUUUGGUGAGGGAGCAAAUGACUGAUAGUGAACAAAUGCUGAAGUCCAACCUGCAGAGCCUCCGGGAGAGGAACAUCCAGUGUGAAGACCUAAAAGGAGAACUUGGUCAACUUCAGAUUGAGAACACAAGUUUGCAGGAAGAGCUGGAAACGGCAAGAACCAGAGCCAGAACAACCCAGCUGGAGCUCGAAGAGAAGCUCGCCCAAGCAGUCACAGAAAUCACUUUGCUGCAUCACACACUGCGAGGACUGACCAAUACGCUAAAUGCAGCUCUUAAUGAGGAGAAAUCAGAACCACAGAGAGAUAAAGAGUCUCUACCAGUUCACAACACGGAGCAACGUCAUCCCUCCAGCUCCUUUAUAGACAGCAUCAUGGUUGCAUUAACUGCAGAGAAGGAAGAAGACUUGAAUAAAGGGACAACUGCUGAACCAGUCCCCUCAGAUGUGGCCGAGCCCCAGUGUGACACUUUGUUCAGUGAGACGAGUGCCUUCACCCGAAUUGCAGCCAUCACCCCGAAAAAGAAUUUGAACGCAGUAGAGUUUGAACCAGAACAGGAGCAGAGCAAUGUGGCGGAGCUGCUGGCUGACCUGGGCGGCACCGUCACAGAGCUCGUCAGCACCCUGAAGUUGUUGCAGCAGCGCAAGAAGGCUCAGCUGGAGGAGCUGCAUAACACCAUCUGUGGCCUGCAGGUGGAGCAGCAGGCUGCAAACACGAGACAUGAGGCCGAGGUGUUCGAAUUAAAACAGCAACUCAGCCGUCUUAACAAACUGGUUGAGAAGGGCAAUCAGGCCCUGCAGCAGAAAACACAGGAUGAAAAAACAAUAAUGAAGUUGAUGGCAGACAUAAAUGAGGCCCAGGAGUUUCUAACUAAACACAAGACUGACAGUAAUGUGAGGAAUUACGGAAAGAUGUGGGUGAGCUUCGUCGAUCUCUCCAGGAGGCACAGGUGGAGUCUCAGUUCCUGCGGGAGGAGUUGA